UAUAAAUACGCGCAACUUCUCCCUCUUUCUUUCUCUCUCAUUCACUCACUCUUCGAUCUUCCGCUUCGAUUUCGAUCCUUUAGGGCUAACAAAUUGCAGCAAGUUUCACCAUAGAAAAUGCCGCUCAGAUUAGAAAUCAAGAAGAAACUUGCUCAAAGAUCGGAAAGAGUAAAGUCUGUGGAUCUGCAUCCAUCAGAGCCAUGGUUAUUGGCGAGUUUGUAUUCAGGGACUGUUUGCAUCUGGGACUACCAGACACAGACAAUGGCUAAAUCUUUUGAGGUUACAGAGCUACCAGUGAGAUCUGCAAAGUUUAUAGCACGAAAGCAAUGGGUGGUUGCUGGUGCUGAUGACAUGUUCAUUCGAGUAUAUAAUUACAACACAAUGGAUAAGGUCAAAGUAUUUGAGGCACAUACUGAUUAUAUUAGGUGUGUUGCUGUUCAUCCCACCCUUCCAUAUGUGUUGUCAUCUUCGGAUGACAUGCUCAUAAAGCUUUGGGACUGGGAAAAGGGAUGGGCAUGCACUCAAAUUUUUGAGGGCCAUUCUCAUUAUGUGAUGCAAGUGACAUUUAAUCCCAAGGACACCAAUACUUUCGCAAGUGCAUCUCUUGAUCGGACUAUUAAGAUUUGGAAUCUUGGCUCCCCUGAUCCAAACUUCACCCUUGAUGCCCACCUGAAAGGAGUCAAUUGUGUAGAUUAUUUUACUGGCGGAGAUAAACCUUAUUUAAUCACUGGUUCUGAUGAUCACACAGCUAAGGUUUGGGAUUAUCAAACUAAGAGCUGUGUCCAGACGCUUGAAGGGCACACUCACAAUGUUUCUGCUGUUUGUUUCCAUCCUGAACUUCCCAUUAUAAUAACAGGUUCUGAGGAUGGUACAGUCCGUAUAUGGCAUGCCACAACGUAUAGGCUUGAAAACACAUUAAACUAUGGCCUUGAAAGAGUUUGGGCUGUUGGUUACAUUAAAGGCUCGAGACGGGUUGUUAUUGGUUAUGAUGAAGGAACUGUUAUGGUAAAGCUUGGUCGAGAGGUACCUGUUGCUAGUAUGGAUAACAGUGGGAAAAUCAUUUGGGCUAAGCAUAAUGAAAUUCAGACUGUCAACAUCAAGAGUGUAGGGGCAGAUUAUGAGGUUGCUGAUGGAGAGAGAUUGCCUCUAGCUGUUAAGGAAUUGGGUACUUGUGACCUUUAUCCACAGAGCUUAAAGCACAAUCCCAACGGUCGCUUUGUUGUUGUGUGUGGGGAUGGUGAAUUCAUUAUUUACACAGCUCUGGCAUGGAGAAACAGAUCAUUUGGCUCAGCUUUGGAAUUUGUUUGGUCGACGGAAGGAGAAUAUGCUGUUAGGGAAAGUACAUCCAAGAUUAAGAUCUUUAAUAAAAGUUUCACGGAAAAGAAAAGCAUCCGUCCUGCUUUUUCUGCAGAGCGUAUUUAUGGUGGAAGUCUGUUGGCAAUGUGCUCAAAUGAAUUUAUCUGCUUCUAUGAUUGGGCCGAAUGCAGAUUGAUAAGAAGGAUUGAUGUCAAUGUUAAAAAUCUCUACUGGGCAGACAGUGGUGAUUUAGUUGCCAUUGCCAGUGACGCAUCGUUCUACAUACUCAAAUAUAGUCGUGAUGUUGUUUCUGCUCAUCUGGAUAGUGGGAGGUCAGUCGAUGAACAAGGUGUGGAGGAUGCUUUUGAACUACUUUAUGAAAUAAAUGAACGCGUACGGACUGGAAUUUGGGUGGGGGAUUGUUUCAUUUAUAGUAACUCUUCUUGGAGACUUAAUUACUGCGUUGGUGGUGAGGUGACAACAAUGUUUCAUUUAGACCGGCCCAUGUAUCUGCUUGGGUAUUUUGCUAAUCAGAGCCGUGUUUAUCUCAUUGACAAAGAAUUUAAUGUUGUGGGAUUUACUUUGCUGCUCAGCCUGAUUGAGUAUAAGACACUUGUCAUGCGUGGUGACUUGGAAAGGGCAAGUGAAAUUUUACCGUCUAUUCCACAGGAGCAUCAUAACAGUGUAGCCCGUUUCUUGGAAUCACGUGGGAUGGUAGAAGAUGCACUUGAAGUUGCUACGGAUCCUGACUACAGAUUUGAGUUGGCCAUUCAGCUUGGCAAGUUAAAGAUUGCUAAGGAAAUUGCCACAGUGGCGCAGAGCGAGUCUAAAUGGAAGCAAUUGGGUGACUUAGCUAUAUCUACUGGAAUGUUGGAAAUGGCCGAGGAGUGUUUGAAACAAGCAAAUGAUCUGAGCGGUUUGUUGCUACUAUAUUCUUCUUUAGGUGAUGCCGAAGAAAUUACUAAACUCGCUACUCUUUCCAAAGAGCAUGGGAAAAACAAUGUUGCAUUCCUUUGUCUAUUUAUGUUGGGUAAAUUGGAGGAGUGCCUUCAGCUGUUGAUUGAUAGCAACCGGAUACCUGAAGCUGCAUUAAUGGCUCGAUCUUAUCUUCCUAGUAAGGUGCCAGAAGUUGUCGCGCUUUGGAGGAAAGACCUCAAUAAGAUUAAUUCAAAAGCUGCAGAAUCUCUUGCUGAUCCAGAAGAAUAUCCCAACCUUUUCGAGGAUUGGCAAGUCGCCCUCGCAAUCGAAGCCAAAGUUGCCGAGUCGAGGAGUCAAUAUCCUCCAGCAGCUGAAUACUUGCAAAAUGCUGAUCGAUCAACCGCAAGCCUUGUAGAAACCUAUCGAAACAUGCAAUUGGAAGAAGAAGCCCUCGAGAAUGGAGGUUUGGAUUAUGAAGACGAGGUUGUCGGGCAGAAUGAAGAUGUGCCCGAUGACACACAAGUAGGUAGGGAUGAAAGUCAAGAAGAAGAAGAAGAAGCUGUUGUUGUAGAUGCUGAGUCAGCAGAUGGCGCCGUAUUUGUUAAUGGUAAUGAGGCCGGCGAGGACAAGUGGGAUACAAACAACAGAGACAAACAAUCAGUGUAAAAGCAAUUUGUCGUCCCGGUUUGAAUUUCCUAGUUUCGUUGCCUGGUGAUUUACCAUUUUUAAUUUUUUUCUGCUCGAUAAAAACUCCAAUUUUCUUUUACUAGUCUCGGGUACAGUUUUUAUAGUCUUGGUGCCUCUAUAUGUGAUUCUUGCAGCUUGUCAUCUUAAUAUUUGCUAGAAAUUUUCGAGUUAUCGGGAAAUUUAUUCAUGGUAGGGAAUUAUUCAUUUUGAGGCAACUUGGCCGGGUAAAAUGAUUUGCGCCGGUCUAUUAUAUUGAUUUACAAUAGUGUCGGCUGUGUAUGUCGCGGUGUUCUUGUCU